AAAAUACUGCAAAUACUCACUUUACUAUUUUAUACGUUCGUAUACCUUAAUAAUAAAAAAAUAUAUUGCCCCCCUCUCUAUUUUGUAAAAACAUUAUGUAAUUAUUAUUUUUAUUUUUAACUCCAACAGCGCUAUAUUUAUGAAAGGAUAUUUAGUAUAUUUGUACAGAACUUUCUCGGCAGAGGGGACCCGUCAAAAAUUGGUUACAUAACAUUGAUUAUAAAAAAUAAAAUACAAUUUUAGCUGAUUAACAAAAAUGGGGUAAACAUUGAAGUAAAAUUCAGGUUAUAUUAUAUUGUAUAUAAUCAUAUAACGAUGAUAAUUAAUAAUGACAAUUAAUAUAUUAGUAAUAAAAUGCAUUAAAAUAUUCAUAAAAGAAUCAUUUAUGUUUUAAAAUGAAUUUUUUUUAUUUUAAAGAUUAAAAAAUAAAAGUUGACAUUUAUCACACCACUUAUUGACAGGGGUUACAUUCAAGUUUUCUCGAGCAAUAUUUAAUUAAAUUUAGGUUAUUAUAAAUAACAUUUUAAGUAAGUAUUAAUAAUAUAAAAAAUGUUGUUUUUUUUUUCUUUGAUUUUUACAUAGGGUGUUCAGUAAGUGAGAAAACGAGUUUCUAUUAUUCCCAUUGUUUGUUACAAUUGACUAGUUUCCUUACAGAACACUCUAUAUAGUUAAAAUAAUAAUGGCCACUAAUAUUUUAUAUUUGUUUUGGGUGAUGAAUUUCCAAACAAAGUCGGAGAAAUUAAUAAGGGACCCACUAAUAGAUAAAUCAAUCCCUGUACAUCAACUAUCACCAUCCCUUUAAAAUAUAGGAACCUAAUAAAAAAUGGCAUGUGUCUUCCAUUUGGGAUUUGUAAAUAUCUAUUAGAGUAUACUGUUUUUUUUUUUUUAUGAAAACACCACUGACUGCGAUAUUAAUCCAAAUUACUACUGCCUUCGGGAGAUUAUGUAUCAAUUUUUCACGGUGUCUUUGCGUAACUUUUCCAUUCAAAAUAAUAGUGGAAAUCUUUCACAGAGGGCGUUUAACUACACCACUCCCCGCAUUUCCUAUUAUUGUUUAUUAAAAAAGAAAACAUUAACUGACUUCAAUCACAUGAUAUUUUCCUGUCAACCAAAAGACUACGAAAAUUUAUUAUUUGUUAUUUAAAUCCUUCGACUACGUCGUACUAUGAGAAUUAUUUUAAUUCUUCUGUAUAAUUAGCUAGCAGAUUCUUUUAUUCAGUGAUAAUAACUCUCAAAGUGAUAAAAAAAAUUCAGAAAAAAAAAUUAAAAUGAACAACAAACUACUUCGUGAACUGAUAGUUAGCUGUGUUUUAGCAAGUUUAUGUUGUGGGAAUAAAAUUAAGGAACCUUCAAGUUUAAUUGAGGACAAUGUUGCCGCUGAAGAUCACGAACAUCAUCGGAUCAUUAUAGUGGUACCCAAAGAAAUUCCUCAUCAUGUCAAUCAUAUUCAUACAUACAAAAUUGCCGAAAAGGGGAUUCCAUUAAUUCAUUCGGGUAAAGUAGUACAUGAACACAAACAUAGUGGCAAAGUAGCUCAUGAUCAUGGACAUAUUGGUAAAUCAUCUCAUAGCCAUAAACAUACAGGUGUGCACAAUCAUCAACAAAAGCAUGCCGGAACUUUUGAACUUAAAUUAGACGACAAGUCUCCAAUGGGUCAUCAGGAGCAAGGAGAUAUUUUUAAUAAUCAAGAGUUUUGGCAGCCCAUAGCAGCUCCCAAAGGAUAUCCACAACGUGGUCAACACUUCCAGCAGGGACAGCCACAGCAAGGCCAAUUGCAUCAUCGGAAUCGCCAACAAACAAGUUCGCCAGAACUGGUACAGUUUAUACCGUCGACUAAUCCACAAGGUCUUGGGUCUUAUGUACCAGCUGAAAUUGUCCAUGGUCGACACGGAAUAAUACAACACUUUAGUUCUGUCGAUGGCCCUAAAAAGUCUCCGCAUAACGUAUAUCGCGUCCAACUGGCAAACGAUGACAACUCCGAUAUUGUGAAACACCUAAAUAUUGACUUGGCAAACAAUGCAGCUAAACUUCAAACGGCCGAUGAGCAACAACCAGGUUUUAAAACCGGAGCCCAACAAUACAACAAAGUAAUUGGUCAUGGUCGAGCGAUAUCAUCGGAAGUUGAACGAGAAUUAAACAAUGUCAGAGAUGUCAAUGAAAAAAGUGCCGGUGAUGGCGACGAUGACAUAAGUUUAUCAUUAGAAGAACUGGGUUAUCGUUUUGGCGAUGGAUACAAGUUUGCUUUAAACGAACACGACAGCCGUGAAACUUUAGGGUCUCAAGAGCAAGACGAAGAAGAAGGAGCUGACGAAUUCAAAGAACCUUCCGACAAAGCAGAAAAUGAAGGCAACGUCGCUGUCAGCCAAGCUUACAGGGAUUGACGAUUGGAAUGUUAUUUAUAACAGUGAACGUUUGAAUUGUUUUAAUGUUGUCACGGAAAUUCUAACGAGAUAAGAAUUCUUUACAUACAAAAUUAACUUUAUAAAAUAAGUGUUUUGUUUAAGAGCUGCAAUAUUAUCUGUUUUGAAGAUCGAAUUGAACCCGGAUAUCGUCAUGGAGAAUAGCUAUUAAAACCACCAUGAUUUACAAGAUUUUGAUAAUUAUCAAAAGUAAUUUAUUAUAAUAAAUAACUACAAACUUACGUGUAAUUAAUGGACUUUAUUCACUUCAAAGUUUAACGGUAUUUAUGUUGAUGUUAUGUACAAUUUUAAAUUCAAAAUAAUUCAUCUGUUUCCGCCCAUAAGGAGUUCAACUUUAACAGACAAGGUUAAAUGCAAGUGCUUAUAUUGAUGGUCGUGAUCGAUCCUAUGACGGCAAACCAGACCGUGAAAAAUUCAAUAUUAUUCGAAUGAAUCAAUUUUUGUUGUGAUCCGAGUAUAAGUUAAUGUUAGUACUUAAAAUAACUAUACAUAAUCAAGAUGUUCGUUUUACAGCAAUUGUUAUUGUGCAACCGCCUACCGGUAAUCACUAAUUAAUUAGUGAUUAUCCGUACGUAGUUCUUAUAAACUUAAUUACUACACUAUAGACAUCCAUUAGAAUUUAAUGUUUGUCGAUCGGGCAACUCACAUUUAUUGUUUGGAUGUAAGUUGAGUUGAGACUUCAUAUUACUCUAGUCUCGUUUUUCCCAGAGACACAAUUGCAUUUAAUGUUGACGUUAGGCCAUUAAACGAGCAUUAUUUUGGCGUUCUGUAAAAAAAAAAAAUAUGAUCAUUUUUCAAAAUGAUGAACGAAAAAAAAAGAAACGCUCAAUUUUUGUAAAUAUCAUGGAAAAUCG